AUGCCCAAUUUCCCUGCACCGCUCUUGCCCUUGCCCUGCGCCCUGGACUCCCCUGUGGCCGACGGCUAUCCCGGCUCUGGCGCCUCCACCGCCGCGGAGACUCCCAAGGAUGCCUGCGGCGUCAUCCUCCCGCGACGACUUCAGAGGACUGAGCAGGAUGCGGACCUUGCCUGGCAGCUUGUGCUUGCCAUGAACCAGGCUCUGGACGAGACACGCGCUAAUUGCCGCCUCGACGAGCAGAUGCUUCAGAAGAAGGUGCACCACACCAUCCGGUUUCUGCGGGCAUGCUCCUACUCUUCGCACGACAUCGUGGUAGCGCUGGCCUACACCUGCGCAUAUUUCCGCCGGGUGAUGCCUCCACUGAUGGGCGUGGUCAGCCGGUCAGAGGCGGUGCACAUUUGCAUUCUGCUCAUCUACCUGGCACACAGCUUUGUGCUGGAUGAGAAUUGCCCAAUCCGCGACUGGCACAGGCACAUCUUCCGCAAAUACUGCUCCCUGAAGAAGAUGGACGCGGCUCUGUUCCGUGUGUUCUCGUUUUUGGACUUUAAGCUGAUGAUCUCACAGGAGGAAGAGGCAAAAUAUCUCCGAAUGAUCCUGCAAAAGGAGAGCCUGUGA